AUGGCGCCCGGUGAAUCUUCGAGGCCGUCGUCGCAUCGACCACGAGACUCAUCGGGCAAGAAACACCAUCACAAGAAACGACGAUCGCGCGCAGAGGGAUCCAGACGGCCGGCCACGGACUCGGGCGAGAGCAGGGACGAGAGGAGAUCGCAAACGCUAUCCGUGGAUGCAUUGGCAAAGCUGAACCAGGAUAACGUCAAGAGGCAAAAGAGAAGGGAGAAGAAAGAGUCAGGCGCGGGCGCUGGUAGGCCAUCGAGGGACACAGAAGCAGAUGCAGAACGGCGGGAGAGACGGAGGGCACGACGCGAAGCCGCCUACCGGGAUGCGCCCACAGAACGGCCAAAGAGGGUGAGGCGAGAGGAGGAUAGGGAAGUGGUGUAUGAGAAGCCCAGGAAAGAGCACAAGAACAAGAAGAAACGUGUGGUCAGCGGCGCUAUCAUGGAGGAGGGACGUUCACGAGGGCAUUUGAGAGGUGGAGGAUGGAACAGCUCCGACCACAGCUUCGAGAAGGAAUAUCUCAUGGAGGACCCUCCGAAACCGGUAAAGAAGCGGAAGAAGCUUUGGAUAUGCCUCGGUGUCUCAUUAGUGCUUCUCAUCAUCAUCAUCGUAGUAGCGGUGGUGGUCAGCAAGAACAACAAUAAGAGCAGCAACACGAAAACGACCCUCGACGACGGGAACAAGGACAGCGUCCCGAUGAAGUGGCGCGGCACCUAUCUCGAUCCGUGGUCGUGGGAGGACACAACCGACUUCAAUGUCACCUUCACCGACCAAAUGGUCGGCGACCUGCCCGUCAUGGGCCUCUACACCGACUGGGACGACUCGGCAAAGGCAAACGACAAGGUGCCGGCGCUCAAAGACGCCUGGGGCUCCUACGGCUCACGGCCUGCCCGCGGCGUCAACGUCGGCGGCUGGCUGAACCUCGAGCCCUUCAUCACCCCUUCCCUCUUCAACUACGACUCUCGCCUCGGCAUCAUUGACGAGUACACGCUGUGCAACCACCUUGGCACGAAGCAGACGGCCGAGGUGCUCGAGAAGCACUACUCGACCUUUGUCACCGAGUCCACUUUCAAGGAAAUCGCCGACGCCGGCCUCGACCACGUCCGCAUCCCCUUCAACUACUGGGCCGUCGAGGUCUACGACGGCGACCCCUACCUCUUCCGCACCUCGUGGCGCUACCUCCUCCGCGGCAUCGAGUGGGCUCGCAAGUACGGUCUCCGCGUCAACCUUGACGUCCACGGCCUGCCAGGAAGCCAGAACGGUUGGAACCACUCGGGUCGCCAGGGCGCCAUCGGCUGGCUCAACGGCACCGACGGCGCGACAAACGCCCAGCGCAGCCUCGACAUGCACGACCGCCUCUCCAAGUUCUUCGCCCAGGACCGUUACAAGAACAUCAUCGCCUUUUACGGCCUCGCCAACGAGCCGCGCAACGUGGACCUCAACAACGCUGACGUCGUCUCGUGGACUGCGCAGGCCUACAAGCUCGUCAAGGGCAACGGCAUCGGCGGCGUCGUCGUCUUUGGUGACGGCUUCAUGGGCUUGGCCAACUGGCAGGGCAAAUUAACGGGCUACAGCGAUCUCGCGCUCGACGUGCACCAGUACGUUAUUUUCAACACUGAUCAAAUCGUCUACACGCACAAGAAGAAGGUCGAGUACGCCUGCAGCGGGUGGACGGAGCAGACGGAGCAGUCCAUGGAUACCUCCACAGGCUACGGCCCGACGCUGUUUGCCGAGUGGUCUCAAGCCGACACGGACUGCGCCAAACAUUUAACGAAUGUCGGCUGGGGUAACCGGUGGACGGGCACCUACAACACGGGCAACGCGACGACGUCGAUCCUCGAGCCGCGGUGUCCGACCGAGGACAGCAAAUGCGACUGCGACACGGCCAACGGCGACGCGGGCGGCUUCAGCAGCGACUACAAGAAGUUUUUGCAAAUGUUUGCCGAGGCGCAGAUGCACUCGUUCGAGAAGGGGUGGGGGUGGUGGUACUGGACGUGGGAUACGGAGAGCGCGCCGCUGUGGAGUUAUAAAAAGGGCCUCGCGGCCGGGAUCCUGCCGGCCAAGGCGUAUGAUCGGGACUUUGACUGCUCCGGGACCGUGCCGGACUUUGGAAGCCUGGCGGAGACCUACCGGAUGUGA